ACUUUUUGUAUUUCAGCUGUUUGAUCUUUUUGACCAUUUUAUCUGAUGAAGACUCGUUGAUGCUCUUCCGAGUAGGAGACUUUUCACUUGAUGGAUAUCCCGAUCUUCUUGCUGUUCUUGUGGAGAAGCAAAGCUUGGGGCAGAUAAAGGAGGUUCGAAAUCAACAAGAGCGUCUUCAUUCAACCAAAGGAGGUAGCGCUAGGAGAAAUCAAGAUGGCGUCGUUCUUCGAUCUGAAGGUAAAGAGGAUGGAAGCCUGGACAUUCUUAUCGAAUAUAAGCCGUUCGAAGGAGACACUAAGUUCAGCUUUAUUUAUUGUGAUGACAAAGGUGAUGUUACUUUCCUCAAAGUGCAAGUCUUCACAAACGUGUGCGGCAAGCAUUGUGAGCCGUCGUCAAAGGAAGUGGGGUUCAGUGUUAGUUGGAGCGGUGCAUGCACUAGCUUCAGUGUGUCCGACGGCUGGGGUGGCUCUUUGAAAGGCGCUUCAUGCCAACUUCCCUCCUCGACUCAUCGAGCCCUGGCUGCACCUUAUCUGUUGUUUGGACUGGGCCGAAGUCCCAACUUUGUUGAUGAGUUGACUAUCGGUGCGCCACUUUAUUGUGAUGGCUUAGCAGUCCGUCAACAUACGCUGAAACAGUUCGUACUAAAUUCGAGGAUUGUUUUCAUUCCAUUUGUCAUUUGUCAUUUGUCAUUGUUGUCAUUUGUUUUGUUCCCAAGCUUUCUGACUUUUUGUAUUUUAGCUUUUUGAUCUUUUUGAUCAUUUUAUCUGAUGAAGACUCGUUGAUGCUCUUCCGAGUAGGAGACUUUUCGCUUGAUGGAUAUCCC